UUGUAGUGGCAGUGUUCUCAGUGUGAAGCGCUGAGUGCAAGCGUCACGCCUCGAUAGCGUCGCUGCGAGUUGUAGUGCAGUGCUCUCAGAGAGGCUUUGUUAGCACGGCAGUAUAUCGAGUUGCACGCGUCACGCGUCGAUAGCGUCCCGACGAGUGCUGCGGCUGCGGUCAGGCAGUGUUUGUUGGAUAACUAGCGUUUGCCGGUGCGUUGAUGACGUUUGCUGAUCUCGCUAAGUGUGUCUUUGCACGCUAGCUAGUCUGUGCAGCUUUCGAUUGCAGGCCCAAAAUCGAUCGCUUUCGGUGCUCGGCCACAGCAGUAGACGGCAUCGCUCAUCAACAGAGCCGUAACGCAUCGAUAUGCUCCGUGCACUCCUAUUACCAAACAUUGCAGCCGCACUGCUCGGCGGCCCAGCUUUCACAGCAACACGUUGCACCUACGACGAAGUAUCCGAGCUCGCGAGCCCAUCAGAACCAGUGGACGGCGACGUGUGGGUCAAGGUUACUGAGAACGCGGCACCAUCAUUGGACUUGACGUCCGCCAUGGCCGCCGCAACCAGUGAACCAUCUAUAGUCGUAGGAGCACCCGCGGCCUGCGGCCGCCUCCGUCCAGGACCGAACCCGGUCAUUGAUGUGCUGCGGUCCUCGAUCGCCAAGGAGCAGGUCGACCGCUGCGGCGCGUCGAUGGACGCAUGCAUAGAAAAGUUGUUAGAAUGCUGGCUCGAGAACUUGGGAGACGACGAGUUCGAGAGUCUCGGCGCCUCGGCGACGUUGUACACGUCCGACGCCUUCGAGCGCUUCGGGUUCGCGGAAAUCGAAUUUCCCGACCUGACCGCAUUGGGCCGCGGCGAGCCCAUCGUGACGCAUCGGGCGCGCCUAUCCGCCGCAAUUCUCGCCUGCGACGCGCGGGGCAGCGCGGCGCUCGCCGAGGAAUUGCGAAGGCAGCCGCCGCCCUCCGGGAAGGAAGAGGCGGCGGCUCCCAAAAAAGACCCGUGGGCGGGCGCGUUUAAGUUGUAACAGUAACACAAUA